AGACGAUCCACCGAUCUAUAAAAUCGCGUCGCUAUUGAUCGAACUAUAAACAUACCUGGUUUAAAUAAAUCCCUAGAUGUACAAACGCGGUUUACAGUAUUGAGUGUUAGUUGAUACAAAAUAUACUUAUUAUAGUAUAUGCUAUAUUGGGAUUUGAUAUUAAUCUAAUUUAUAGGUAGAGGAAAUACAAACACAACGACAUCAGAAACGAAUCGAUGGAAUACCCCUUCAUUGAUUGGGUGUGAUGCAGAAUUGUGAGGAAAACAGGCAACCAUGACAGCAGAACAAAAAGCAGAGUGGGGGGAAGACUUUAACGCAAUAAAGGACGUGGAUGGUUUUAUUCGGAUCCAGGACCUCAUUGUUUUGUUCCAACAGAAAGGGUCAAAUCCAACACCAAGUGAUGAAGAGGAUUUUCGGAAAAUGGUCGAUAAAGACGAGGACGGCAAAAUAAAUUUGGAAGAAUACAUGAUGCUACGGCAAGGGGCGUUGGAUAUGCGCUUUACACAGGUUGAUCCAACAAAUGACUUAAUAGAUGCGUUAAAAGAGUUCGACACCAAUGGAGACGGAACCAUCUCUAAGGACGAGUUGAGAGGCUUACUCUCCGGCUACGACGAUAAGGAGCUGGAAGACCUUAUUUCUGCUGCAGAUCAGAACGGGGAUGGAAAACUGUCCAUAUCAGAACUAGCUGCUCUAAUGACCGCAAUGAAUGGGUGAAACAAGUUGACAUAAAAUAAAUUCGUCAAACUUCGCCGGAUGCACAAUAUAUUUAUGUUAGAACAGCAAGAAUGAACACUGAAUCAAAAUGAUGAUUACAAGAACAAUUAUUUUACACGAUGUUAUUAUUUAUUGUUACACUGUAAAUAAAAAAAUGCAUAUUGAACUGUGAAUAAAUGAAGCAGGCGGUUGCAUCAGCAAAGGAUGGAUCUAUAUACAACGUGUUUUUAUUUAGAAGUAUCAUUUAGUAAACCGUUAAAUCAGCCUUGAGUAGUUUUCAGUCCUAAUAUUUUAUGUCAGUGAAAAUAUAUGUAUUAAACCCGCUUGCAUCGAAAGAAUAAUACUUUUUUGAAAACUCAGUGUCAUUAUUUACAAAAGAAGAUUUAAACAUGCUGAAGAAUUGGUAGUGUCGUUAACUUUAUUAGUUACCAUUUUCUUUGGAACGCACACCAUAAUGUACUCUAUUAAACAAUAUAAUAAUUUUCUUUGUACUAAAUAUGUUUUAAUGUUGUUGUUUUUAUAAAUUAGCAAACGGCUAGGUACACAAUUUUUUAUUUAUUCUUAUUUAUAUUUGUCACAUUGAUGGUUCACACUAUGUAUUAGUUCAUAACAUGAAAUUACUUGUUAGAAUAAAUUAUAAUACGCAAA